AUGGGAGUCCCAAUGAACAUGAAUUCGAAGCCGCCCUGCCCCUCCGACCAUGGCAUGCCUCAGCAAGUCACCGCAAUUCGAAUACCCCCGCUCAGAAAUAGCAUUGCCUUAGGCUUUACCACUAUAUCCAGCCGAGCACUUAUCCGCUGGGCAAUCAAGCCUUCUGCUCAGCAAUGUUUCCCUCAUUCGCUGAUAUCUCGAUUACGGGUACAUCCCGACUUCUGCGACAUUGGAGAAUAUCGAGAAAUUUCGGCCCUGGAUCUAGGAACCGCACUCUCAGUAAUGCCUCAACAACCUGUGUGGUUUCAACACGUUCAGUCUACUUGCCUACAGGUCUGGAAAGCAAUCUAUGCCCAAGCAGAUUUUAGGAUGGCUGAUGAGGAGUUGAAGAAACAAUUUGUGGAUUAUUUCAUGGUUUCUGAGUUUGAGGUGCUAUCCUCCCCAGAAUACGGAGUUCUCUCGGGAUUUUCCUGGGUGGCUCAGAGCGGAAUGGAGGGCAGGCUUAAGGGCAAGAUGGAAUUUAGGGCUGCAGAUUCAACCCUUCAUGAGUUGAUUUUGCCAUUAGAUGCGCUUUUGGCUUGGAUCUCUCCUGCCGCAAUGGAUCAUUAUGAUGGAGCCUUGUACAAUCUUGAUACAUACCUUCCCCUUGUUGGCCCUAUGGCACGUCCAGAAUCGCCAGAUCCACAAGGUGGAUUCACAACAUCAACUCCGGCCCUUCCGCCACUGUUGCCGCCGACAUCAGACGAGCCUAACCUUGAUACACAAAGUAUUCCUGUUGCAAGUGGGGGGAGAGGCAAGGGGGGAGAAAAGGGUAGUGGUGGGAUGGGGAUGGGGAUGUUUGCCCAGGAGGGGGGAAUGGGAAGUGAUGAGGAAAGGGGGCCAGCAGCAUCUAUCCCAGAAUUGGUUGGUGACCACGCGAAUACGUCCGUCCAAAGCACCAAUGACAAGAUUGCCGGUGAUUGCCCCCGAAAAAGAAUUGCGGCGGCAUGUUAUUCUUGCCGAUUGCGCGAGAUCCGUUUCUCUGGCGCAAAUCCCUCCCAGGAUGGUCGGUGCAAUCAGUGUCACCAACGCAAUCAAGAAUGUGUCUUUGACAGCCCAUAUGCCUGUAGUAUCUGCGGCCGACGAUUCGCACGAAAAUGGAAUUUGUUGCGACAUUUCAAGAGGAAGCAUGCUCAGGGUCCGCCUAAUGCUCCCCUUUAA